AUGAAGUUCUUCGAGAACGUCUUCACCUACGACUACUCCUUCCCUGCCGUCUCUCUAGCCUACUUCCUCCGCUAUCCGAACCCGUACUCUCGCCAUGUCCUCACGACCGAUGUCAUUGAUCGAUGGGUCGACCCGAAAACCGACCGCCUUCAUACGACGCGUCUCCAUCUGAAGAAGUCGAAAGUUCCGUCGGGAAUUCUCAAAUUGCUGCCAAAGGGCAUGGGAGGCUCGGACCACUCCGGCCAAAGUUACAUCCUAGAGAACACCGUCGUGGACGCAAAGGAGGGAUGGAUGGAGACGGAAUCACGCAAUAUGGAGUGGACUGGCAUCUUGAGCGUCGUCGAGAAGCAGGUUUAUCAGCGUCAAUCCAUCGAGGGGGCGCUUGAGAAUCUGCAGGGACUGUCUCUCGAUGACAAGAUCAGCGAGCAGACCACGGUCAAGACCACGGUCACCUUUCGUUCCCGGCUCGGACAGGGAAAGCUCUUGGGAAACCGGAAGCGGGCAGAGUCAAUUGAUGAUCACGCCGGUGAUGCCGACGAGGAGGCUCCGAAGAAAGGAUUCUUCUCGUCGCUAUCAACGGCUGGCAUUCAGCGAACGAUUGAGCUUAUCGGUGUCAACAGAACCCGAGACGCUGUGCUCAAAAGCAAGCAAGGCAUGAAUGUCGUGCUGGAGCGCUUGCGAAAUGGUGGAAUUGUUGGCGUUCUCGAGGGAAUGCGCCAGGACCGCGAAGCGGCUUUUGGAGGAGAAGGUCCCUGGAAGCGCGUUUGGCUUCGGGGUAAUGGUCUGAAGGACCAUGCGCAUAUGGAUGACGACGACAACUGA